GGAUAAGGUAUUCCCCACAUCAUCAUCGGGACCACUACUAGAACCACCAUCACGACGACGACGACGACCGCCUCCUUCUAAUUCAACAGCUUUCGUAUUGCAGAAAUUCAAUGGCUAGGGUUACUACCAGCUCCAUCGCCCCGCCUUUUAAACAGUCAAUUUCUGUCGGUUCUCUGCUGCCAAAAUUCUCUAGUCUCCUCCUGGAAUUCCCUAAUCUAAACGUUGCCCGUGGCGACCGGAAUCACCGGAUCACCUGCCGUUACGGGGGAGGAGCUAAUUCACGUCAGGAAGACUCCAGACGUUCUCCGCAGCUUAAUUCUGACGAUGAUCAAGCCCUUGAUGUCUCCACUAUCAGGUCAAAUACUGUGAGGCUUAUAGAUGAUCAGCAAAAUAUGGUUGGUAUAGUAUCUAAAACUGCUGCUAUUCAGAUGGCUGAAGAAGCUGAACUUGAUCUUGUUAUAUUGUCUCCAGAUGCAGACCCCCCUGUUGUCAAAUUGAUGGAUUACAACAAAUAUAAAUAUGAGCAACAAAAGAAGAAAAGAGAGCAGCAGAAGAAAAAUGCUGCACUUCGCAUGGAUCAAAAGGAGCUUAAAAUGGGUUACAACAUCGAUGUGCAUGAUUAUUCUGUACGUUUAAGAGCUGCUCAAAAGUUUCUUAAAGAUGGUGACAAGGUUAAGGUUAUAGUGAACUUAAAGGGUCGUGAAAAUGAGUUCAGAAAUAAUGCCAUUGAGCUACUGAAUCGGUUUCGCAAUGACAUCGGGGAGUUAGGGAUUGAGGAAAGCAAAAAUUUGAGAGACAGGAACAUGUUCAUGGUGUUGAUCCCAAAUAAGGUUGUUGUACAAAAAGAAGUACCAAAGAGAAAAGGAAAGUCAACUGGGAAAGAAAUGUCACCUAGUGUAUGAAAUGAAAGUUUGGUGUUUAUUUGCUAAUCUUCAAUUUGUUCAUAAAUCAACAUGUAUUUUAAAUUUGCAAUCUUGUAUAGUUAUAGAUUAUAUAUCAAUCUGUUCAUAAAUCAACAUGUAUUUUACACUUUUUUAGCUCAUUUGUUGGCCAUAAUUAAUGUUGUGUAACCAUUCAUAAUUUGCACGUU